AGAUAUAUCAAUUGAACAACCAGAAGCCUCGUUGACUUGAACCAGCAACCUAGCCGAUACAGGACCAGGAGACCAGUCAACUCAUUAGUUUCUGCGCCGUAGAGUUGGGGACCUCUUUGACUGUGGUAACGAUGCCGGCAGAAACGCGUGCCACCGGGGACGGGACCUGCCAGGCUCUGUGCCAAACCCUGGUCUCUCAGAACGGGAUCCAGAGAAACACGGCUGACAUCUCCAAGUCUCUCCUCUACACAUCACUGAUGGGGCUGCUACUGGUUGUAGACAAAGAGAAAGAAAAGCUCAAGGUUGGGAGUGGAAGAGUCGGCCUUCGUAACGUAGGAAACACGUGUUUUCUGAAUGCGGUGGUUCAGUGUCUAUCUCACACCAGAGGUCUGAGGGACUACUGUCUGGUCAAAGCCUACAGACAGGAGAUGUGCAGUAGAGAGGAACCACACCUCAUGGAGGCGUUCUCCCAGGUGCUGUUGAGUCUCUGGGAUGUGAACGAAGAAAACCAUAACACAGAAGUGAAUCCUGGGAAGUUCUACAGCAUCUUCAAAGAGGCGGUGCCUUACUUCAGCGGAUACAGUCAACAGGAUGCUCAGGAGUUUCUGAGGUUCUUAUUGGACAGGCUUCACUGUGAGAUCAACCGCCGGCCGUACGUCUGGCUCACCAGCCUGGAGCCUGAACCCAAAUGCACCACAGAUUGACUCUCAGGAUUGUCUGCAAUGUGGAAGAGACACCUGGAGAGGGACGACAGUAAGAUCGUUGAUCUGUUUACAGGUCAGCUGCGUAGUUCUCUCCACUGCUCUGUGUGUUCUCACUACUCCACCUGCUUCGACGUCUUCUGUGACCUGUCUCUACCCGUCCCUAAGAGGAGUGCAGCAGGGGGCGGGUCUCUGAGGGAGUGUCUUGAUCUGUUCACACAGGAAGAGAAGCUGGACGAGGAGAACGCUCCCAUGUGCGAGAGGUGUAACAGACGGACAGAGAGCACCAAGAGGCUGACCAUCCAGAGAUUCCCACAGGUCAUCGUCAUGCAUCUGAACCGGUUUGCCAUGUCACGGUAUAUGGUGUGUCGGAGUACAGUGUGUGUCUCCUUCCCUCUGACCAGCCUGGAUUUGGGGCCCUACGGACCGGUCGACUGUGGUCCUGUGUUGUAUGAUCUGUAUGCAGUAUGUAACCACAGUGGGACAGUCAACAUGGGCCACUACACAGCCUGUUGCCUGGAGAACGACGGAUCGGGAUGGUGCUGUUACAACGACUCCUGUGUGACUCCUAUAUCAGAGAACCAACUGCAGUCUGCUCAGGCCUACGUCCUCUUCUACCAACGCAGGAAGUGAACCAUCGGGCAGCCAAUCACUACAGCUGUAACUGCAAGCAUAGCAUUCAGCAGCCAAUCAGAAAAAUUGUUACUACAAGCAGAGCUUUCAGCAGCCAAUCGCUACAGCUGUUACUACAAAUGGAAUAUUACAAAGAGCUGUGAUGUAGCGCUAUUGUAACCAAGCAACCAGCAUCUCAGCCAACUGGUCUGAUGUUGACUACUUGAGGAUUGAGUGAGUCUGGGACAGAGACAGCACAAAGGGGUAGAAAGACAGAAGAAUGGAAUAGACGGCUUGGGUGAGGAGAGGAGAAAGAGAAGACCAGUGUAGGAAUGUUCCUAGCCAGCUCAGCUAGGAGCGUGUGUGUGUGUGUAGACCUUCAGUUCAAACAGACAGUUAUUACUGGACACACACACACACAACCAUGAGGAAACAUGUCAACAAACAUGUUAUCAGACUUGUGCUACACACCAACUAACCAACUAUCGGACAGACCGCUUUCCAGAGAAGCCUUCAGAAUGUGUUAUAAUAGUCUAGACAACGUCUGUCCUGGUAGAAACAUUCAUUUACGCUGAGUAGAAAUAGUCUAGACAACGUCUGUCCUGGUAGAAACAUUCAUUUACGCUGAGUAGAAAUAGUCUAGACAACGUCUGUCCUGGUAGAAACAUUCAUUUACGCUGAGUAGAAAGUUGCUUUUUAUUUUUAUGCUGCUAAAUAUAUAUAUAUACAUUUUUAUAAAACACCAACUAGGACUGUUUAUCAAAGGGGUGUUUGAGCAACUUAUGACAUUUUUUCUAAAUUAACAAUUAUUUAAAUGAUAAUUUCUUUACAUGUCACUUGUUUGUUUUUAUUUAACUUAAUUCAUUUGAUUAAAAUGUUUUGUUUCGCUUCUUCUUGUAAAUAAAACUGGUGAGUUGGUA